CAUAUACCACACCUCAUAGGUCCUUAUUGUUUAAUCAAAGCAGUCAAAACAAGUUACAUCGAUAUCCAUUGAUGGGAAAUGAUCUGGAGAGUUUAAUAAGGCCGAUUUAUCUUUUCUCUUUCGAAAUAUUCUUAAACUUAAAAAAAUAUAUUAUUUCGAUGGAAAACCGAAUUGUACUUCUUUAAAAAUGGCGUAGACAUUCCUUCUUAAUUAGCUCGAUAACGUUAAGAAAAAGGGUUUCAUGGAUUAACCUGGAAACUCCCAAUGCUGCAAACUAUUUUAGGGGGGAUUUUUCAGGCUUUGUGGGCGGGUUUUCCGGGGUUAUUGGCCUAGCCCUAGAGUUUCCCUGGACUUGGCAACACCGCUUCCCGGUCGUAGCUGUGUUGAAGUGACGUGAACAUAGUUUUUCUCAAUUGCAUGUAGGUUUCGCUAUAAUGCUAGUCACAAUGUAGUGAUGUAUAAGGUUAUGUUGCCGUCGCAUAUAGCUCACUGAUCGAGUAAAAUGUGUCUGAAAUAUGUUUUGUCGUUUUGGGCACUCUGUCAAGUCAUCAAACAAGCCCACCCAGCUGAUUCCUGCAGCCCUGUAGUCCAGAUCAAACCCCAGGCAGGAUUCCUAAUGGUCAACAUUGGGAAAAACUGUCUUUGGGAGGAACAUGGGGACCAUUGUCAUUACGUGGUCAACUACGGUAGAGAGGGGGAGAAGCUCAAAGAGUAUGUCUCCAAAUCCCCUGAGACCCUCCGAGGUCUGGAGAUUGGGGGGAGGUACUGUGUACAGGUCCGCUAUGUCUGUUACCACAACCCCUUUGGAACCUCUAGCCCCCUACAGUGUGUAUCCAUCCCAGAGUCAGAAAGGACAAGGCAUAUUAGGAUUGUGGCUAUCAGUGUGACCCUUACCAUCCUGUUGGGAUUCUUGGUAGUGGGCCUUGCGUUCAUUUACAGGCACCAUGAGAAAAUUAAACAGUUCCUUCAACCCCCACUACAGCUACCAGACCACUAUCGUGAGUACCUAUCAGGGGACUUCCCCCAGCAGGCCCUGUCCAUCACAAGAACAACCAGGGCCUGUGAAGAGAGCCACGAUCUCAUCUCCAUCGCCUGCUGUGAAGAGGACCAGUCUGACAGAGAACAGGACUAAUUCACCUACUGAACUGGAGUCAUCCUCUGGCCCUUUAGAUCAUUACCCGUGAUCCAUUGAUCCUGUGACUUCAGACAAGACAUGAGCCUUUCACACUCACUGAGGUUUUUAAGAUGAACUUGAUAACGUCAGUAGAUGAACUGUAGUAGGCCUCUGAAGCCCUUGCUUGCAUCAGCUACAAAAUUGCGUUUGAUCAUAACUAUUUUACAAGAAUCUGGGAACUUCUCUUGGCAUGUUAGUAUGCUCUGCUGCAGAGGACAGAGACAGGUGCAUAUGGCUCGCUAAUUAGACCUACCCAGUAAUGAUUUGUUUGAUAAUAACGUGUCAUCGGGUCAUCCAGCUUAAGACAGAACCACUUUAUUAAAAAGACAUUUGACAUGCGUCCUUGGGCCAGGACUUUCAUGUAACAUUUUGGCUGUUUAGUAAUGGGAUUACUAUGUUCAACUGUGUAUAUCACACUAUUUCUUCCGUUUUUUUUUUACUGAACAUAUUAGACAAGUACUAGUGAAGUAGCAAGGUUAAGGCACAUAUUGUAAUUUACUAAUCAAUGAAAUUACAGUGAGGUAUACAUGGUCAAAAGUUGGCUGAGGGGCUGUAUUAAAAUGUAUUAAAACAGACAAAGGACAAGUUCUUGAGACUUAUCUAUGCUUGCACUUUAUAUGAAAAUUUACCUCUAGCAUUAUAUUGAUUGAAUGUAUUAACUUUUUUGUUGUAUUACUUUAUGCUAAAACUGUUCAAGUCAAGGUGAAAUUGGAAAAGUGUGUGUGUUACAUUGACUUUUGUUUUUGACUCUAAAAAUGAAUAUUCUACAUUGAUGUGAAAGUGCCAGGGCUUUGACCCAUAAAUGAUUUGAUACGGGGUUUAAAUAAAUGAACACAGCCAUUUUGA